AUGUCGCGCGUCUAUCAGCCGACCGAGUAUGUCAUCGACAAAUCUCUUAUACCAUCUUUUGAGCAGUAUGAAAACAUGCACAGGGAAUCUCUCGAAGACCCAGAUUCGUUUUGGUCGGAAAUAGCGAAUGAAUUCUAUUGGCAAACACCCUGCAAGCGCGGCGAAAUGCUGUCUUACAAUUUUGAUAUAAACAAGGGGCGAAUCUUCGUGAAAUGGUUCGAGGGCUCGCUGACCAACGUCUGCUUCAAUGUGCUGGACAGGAACGUGAGGAACGGCUUCGGAGACAAGAUUGCAUUCUAUUGGGAGGGCAACCACCCUGAAGACUACAGUCGCAUCACCUACAUGAAGCUGAUGGACCUGGUCUGCCAGUUCGCUAACGGGCUGCGCGACCGUGGCGUCGGCAAGGGCGACAGGGUGUCCAUCUACAUGCCCAUGAUCCUGGAGACCGUCGUCUGCAUGCUGGCUUGUGCCAGGAUUGGAGCUAUUCACUCCGUCGUGUUUGCGGGAUUCUCAUCUGACUCGCUGGCGGAGCGGAUGUCGGACUGCAAGGCGAAGGUGCUGGUGACGGCGGACGGCGCCUGGCGCGGGGAGAAGCUGCUGGUCCUGAAGAACACCUGCGACGACGCCCUGGAGAAGGCUAAGACGAAGUACAACCACAGCGUCAACAUGUGCAUCGUGGUCCCGCACCUGGACAGGGUGACACCGUGUGGAAAACUACCUGAUGACGUGAGGACUCUUUACAAGUGGAAUGACGACGUUGACAUAUGGUGGCACGACGUCAUUGAGGGUCAGACGAACAUCUGCCCUCCGGAGUGGAUGUCGCCAAACGAUCCGCUGUUCUUGCUGUACACCAGCGGGUCUACUGGGAAACCGAAAGGUGUGGUGCAUUCGACAGCAGGGUAUAUGAUGUAUGCUACGUCUACUUUCCGCUAUGUGUUCGACCACCGCGAUAAGGACACCUACUGGUGCACCGCCGACGUCGGCUGGAUCACUGGCCACACCUACGUGGUCUACGGACCGAUGGCGAAUGGAGCUACCUCGAUCAUUUUUGAAGGAACUCCCUUCUUCCCGGAUAACGACCGCUUCUGGUCUGUGUGCGAGAAGUACAAGGUCACCCAAUUCUAUACGGCGCCCACCGCUAUCCGAGCUCUCAACAAGUUCGGAGACGAGUAUGUCAAGCGCCACAACUUAGAUUCCCUCCGCGUCUUGGGCAGCGUGGGUGAGCCUAUUAACCCUGAAGCUUGGCUGUGGUAUUACAACGUGAUUGGGCAAGGCCGUUGCUCCAUUGUCGAUACCUUCUGGCAGACUGAGACCGGAGGUCAUGUUUUGACCAGCAUCCCUGCUGCUACCCCGAUGAAGCCAGGAGCUGCCGGCUUCCCAUACUUUGGCGUGGAACCGACCCUCGUGGAUGAAAAUGGGCAAGUGAUUGAGGGUCCCGGUGAGGGCUACCUGGUGUUCUCCCGCCCCUGGCCCGGCAUAAUGAUCAGCCUGUGGCAGGACCACAACCGCUAUGAGGACGUGUACUUCCGGAAAUUCCCCGGAUUCUAUUGCACCGGCGAUGGCGCCAAGAGAGACAGCGAUGGUUUCCUGUGGGUGACUGGCCGCAUUGAUGAUAUGCUGAACGUCUCCGGACAUCUGAUGUCCACUUCGGAAGUCGAAGGCGUCCUCUGUGAAGAUCUGAGGAUCUCUGAAGCUGCUGUGGUGUCCAAGCCACAUCCCAUCAAGGGAGAAUCACUUUACUGCUUCGUGAUUCUGAGCGAGGGGGUUCGUUUUGAUGACGCCUUAGUAGAUGCCUUGAAGAAGCGCGUGCGCCACAGGAUUGGCGCGUUCGCGGCCCCGGACGUGAUCCACCACGCUCCGGGCCUGCCCAAGACGCGCUCCGGCAAGAUCAUGCGGCGCGUGCUGCGCAAGAUAGCCGUCGGCGACAAGGACGUCGGCGACACCACCACGCUGGCCGACCCCUCCAUCGUCGACAUGCUGUUCAAAACCCGACCUUAAAUAAUUGUGAUUUAGGAUAGAAAUUUCAAGCUGCUUUUGGUUCCUAUUUCAAUGCACGGCCUUUACCGUAUUUAUUGCCAUCCCUAUUAAUUUUAGCUUCUUAUCUAGUCCAGCUUGAAUAUCCGUCCGCAGUUGACUCGACAAGGCCAUGCUUAUAACUAUUACCACUUACAAUCAAAAUUCUAGCUUUUUAAUCACAAGUAAUCAUAAUCAGCUAAUACAUAAUAUUAAUCAUAGUCAUAACGAAAUAGCGUGAGGUUUCAAACAUGGGGCUAGUUAAGAACAACAAACACAUAAUAAAUGUGUCGUAUUUGUAGUAUUUAUAUAAUGUAUCCCACAUUGGCUGAUGGUAUCACUGUAUAGAUCCACAGUCCUGUGGGUGCAUCUUAGCUUUUAUUCGUGGAAAUAUAUGUAACGCUUGAUCGCCUAUUGCGGUUCAGCCGUACAGAUAAACAUACCAAAAUAAUGAUUCAGCGGCUAUUAGGUGAUGCAACGUCAAUGAUAAGUAUACCAGUUAAGCACACGUAGGGAUUCUCAUAGUUUAAGAGUACAUUAUGUUUGUUAUUAUAAUUAGGUUUUGGCAUUUAUAUUUUGUCAAAAAUCGAUUGGAUCGGUUUUCUUUUUGUGAUAUUCUAGUGACCGGGUUUGACUUCUAAAAUCAAAUUCUAAUUAUUUAUUGGAUAAUUGUUUUUCGCUUUGUGAUACCCAUUUGAAUCAUCCAAUGAUGCGCUAUGUGAUCAUCGUGCGAGUCGCAAGCACUGAUAAUUUAUUUGUCUACUAUAAUUUUAUGUCCGUAGGAGCAGCAAUGAUACUUGAAUAUUCGUCAAUAAUAUUCUAUCAUUCCAUAAUACGUAAAGUUUAAAUUAAUUGUGCAUAAUUAUAUUGCACGACUUUAUGUGUCUACAUGUAAUCACCAUUUGUAUACAAGAUGGAAUCUUUCGUAUACUCUUUUAGAAGUAAGAACCAUAUUUAACCGUAUAAACAUACAUUAUUUCAGUAUUGGACAGCUUGAAUUUAUCUUAAUUUUUUUGCUAUCGUUGUGACUGAUCAUAUUUAUUUUGGAUAUGAAUCGCGUUUUGAUUUGCUGCCUCUUUUUCUUAUUUCUAGCUUUGAUAUUAUUUUUAAGAACUAACAUGUAGGAUUAGCAGACAAUUGCUUCCUGCUUUAUAUAAGUGCACAAAAAAAUUGCACCAAUUUUUUGUUUUGUAAUAGUUCUGGUUUAAGUUAGACUUAGAUUCAACAGCUUGUGAUAUUAUUCAGGCACGCUGUUUAAUUACCUGCUAUUUUUGUUUGUAAUCAGCACAAAAUGUUAAUUCGAACAUAUUUGUGUCUGUCUUAAAUGCGAAAACCCAAUUAAAAUUUAGUAGGUAUCUACUCUAUGAAUUUAAUAGCACCUAUUUGUGAUGCACAAUGUUGAAAUAUUGUAAGGAGUAGAAUUAAAUGUAUGCCUAUACCUACCUAUAGGUGAGGUCUUAGGUUACGACUGUAGAAUUAUGUGAUGUCUUUUUUGUGGAUCAAUUAUGAUUACGAUAGAUUAGUUUCCUACAUUCUUUUUUUUAUUUCAUUUUUCUUAGUUUUGUAGGUUGUAGUAGGUAAGUUUGUAUCUUGAAUGUUGGUUUCGCUGCCUGUAUCGAUUCUUUAAUAAAAUCAUGCCGUAUAACAAUACUGUUCGAAGACAAAAGUAUUAUAUUCGCUCAGAUGUGUUUUUUUCCAUUUAGGAACAACCUGUAUAACAGCAGGAUUUGUAAGAACCAGCAAAUAAACAUUUUCAAUAAAU